GAUCCAACCCGUGUGCUCAGUCCUGUCAUCGACAUCAUCAACAUGGACACCUUCGCUUAUGUGGCAGCUUCAUCAGAUCUGAGAGGAGGGUUUGACUGGAGCCUCCAUUUUAAAUGGGAGCAGAUGACACCAGAGAUCAAGGCCAAAAGGCUUCAGCCCAUCGAACCAAUCAGGACACCAGUUAUUGCUGGAGGUCUCUUUGUGAUCAACAAGGCCUGGUUUAACCAGCUCGGGAAGUAUGACACUGCGAUGGACAUCUGGGGCGGGGAGAACUUUGAGAUGUCCUUCCGUGUGUGGAUGUGUGGUGGGACCCUGGAGAUCAUCCCAUGCAGUCGGGUGGGCCAUGUUUUCCGCAAGAAACAUCCUUACGUUUUUCCGGAUGGUAAUGCUAACACUUACAUCAG